CCGGUCAAACUCCACACAUCCUCCCAUUGGCUUAAGGAGAACAAUUCUCCGAUGUCUGACGACCAGGAAAACCGCAGACCGUUCAGCAUGAUCGAAGCCCAGGCAUUUUCACCCGUUACGGAGCGCAAACGGUUCUCUAUCGCCACGGAUACCAACACAUCCUACGGCUCCACCCAUUCGAGUCCGUUCAUCACCACCCCUCAGAUCCAUCCCCACUUUCCGACUGAGGGAAUUUCAAUAAAGCCGCUAGCGACAAAUGUGUCGUACUCAUACAAUGACACGUACGAAAGCGUGCCCGAGGAGGCACUGGAGAUCAUCGACUCGCUUCCGCGGCACUUCUUGCCCCAACUGAAGCUUACGCCCUGGCGGCGUUCGCGCGAUAUUACUGCUUCGUCUCUCACGACAGCCCGGCAUAGUAUGUAUGGAAUCGCAAACACAAAAGAAAAUGAGGAGUUGAAGAAGGAGCUCACGAGCUUCAAAAUCCAGAUCCGGAUAUUCAAGGAGUUUAUCCAGGAGCUUAUUCGCAGGACCGGUCACGAACAUGACGAGCUGUUCCAAAACGAGUUGAUUGACAAUUUUGCGGAAAAGACGCGCGUAUUCCAGGAAAAAGACUGGGCGUGUGAGAAAUGCGGCAGCCUUGAAGAGAAACUCCAGGACUCGCAGCGCUGGAUAGCCCACUUCAAAGCAGUGGCGGAGGAGCUACAGCAGUCGCCGACGCGGGUGGCCAGCGAUGGCUGGGAGCACACUGCAGACGAGAUUUUACUCGUGUUAGCCGAAUGGGCGACCGGAAAGUCCAAGGACGCGAUAGAGCGUGUCUUGCGAAAGCCGUUGGGGGUGAAGUUGGAGGUGGUCAAGUUGGAGUUGUACAAGAUACUCCAACACCUUGAGCUGGUGCUUGCACAACAGCGUGCCAGUAUCCGUACCCUGGACGAGGACACGGAGGCGCUUAUUCGCUCACUAAGUGCGCUCAAUAUGGAGCUCGCGAACCAGCGCGAGGCUUCGGCCGUCAUCAGCGACCGGUUACAGCGCGAAGUGCAAACGUCCCAGGAGUUGGCCACACUGCAAAAGACGGGCCGUACGGGUCUGACCCGUGAGUCAGAGGAGUUGGAUCGCAACUCAACUCUGCCGGCGCGCUUACAACUGCCAACCCGCCUUAAGCUCACACCAAAUACUCUGCCUGAGCAGGGCGUAAAUGCCUUAGCACAGCUCAGGCGCGACGUGGCCGGCCUUGAAAGCGACAACGAUGCCUUGCGAGUGCUCUCUGACACACUCAAACUCGAAAAGUUACAGCUCCAGAACGACCUCGAUGCGGCAAGCGAGGCGCACUCACAGCAUGUUCUCAGCGUGGAAGCCGCGGCGCAGCGCCAGAUAAACGAGCUACGCGCACUGAUAUCUAGUAGCACGGCCAAAAUUGCCGAUCUCGGCGACGAAGACGAGCUGCUCCAGAGUGCCCCCCCGAAACAGAAUGCGUCUUUAAAACAGACAAAUGACGAAUUACAGCUCCGGAUCGGCGAAUUGGAGGCUCUGAAGAGUGCACUAGCGGCAGAGGUUGCGGCUGCGCAGCAGGAAGUGACAGACUUGACGAGUAGACUUCGCAAGUCGCAGGAAGUGCGCACGUAUCAGGAAGAGACGUUCGCGGCGCGUGUUCGGGCACUCACGAAUCAGCUUGAGACGCAAGAAAAGGAGACGAAGGAAAAGACGGACGAGCUUCAACAUGUGAAUAUCACGCGGUCGUACAACGAAAGAGAUCUUAAAAGAAAGGUGGAGGAGUUGCAGGCUUCUUUGGACCAGGCAGUGGACAAGCAGCGGUCUCUCGGGGCGGAGAAGGUGCGGCUAAAAUACACGAUCGAGUCCCUCAAUAGCGAGAAGAGCGGACUUGCCGCAAAUAUUCGCAAUCUCACGGACAAACUUACGCGCGGCGAGCCGGCCGCGAAGAGCAAGGAGAUCGCGUUACUCAUCGAACAGGCCAACAAUUUCGAGCAGUGCUACGAAGAGAUGUUGACCAAGGACAUUGAUAUGGCUGACCGGUUUCUCCAGGCGUUUGAGAAAAUUCUCGACGACACGUCGCUCGCGCAGGCGCGGUCGAAACUUGCAGCGUUGAAGAGCCGCGAGGACGACUUGAUCUCCGCGAAGAAGGUGCGCGAAUUGCACCACGCGCUCUUUACGUACUAUGUCGUCGCAGUUGAGGCAGUUGUCACGGACCACGUAGCGCUCCUUCUCAAGGGGUCGGACAUCAAUGAUGCGGCGUUACACGAUCUGAAGGCAUCACUGGAGAAACCCGAUGAUGAAUCCGAGCUUAAGCUCAGGAUCGAGGAGUUGUACACACGCUGGAAGAAGGAGCGCGAAGCGCGCGUAUUGGAGAGUACCGCGUCACGCGAGCGUUGCGACGCGUUGGAGACCGAGAACGCACAGCUACGCAAGCGCCUCAAGGAGAUGGCUAAGUGAUUCAGAUAACCGAUGCGAAUAUCGUGUAUAGACAAGGAACCAAGCAAUGCCAGUUUACUAAGAUUUUCAAAGAACGCUAUACUAAGACAGUGGAUGGUUACCAGUUUGACAUAAGGUGAAGGUGGACUGGAUCCAAAGAGCCCCGGGAAGUGAUCCCUAAGGAAAGGGAUGCGUUACAAUAAGGCGAUGCUUUGAACCCGGGACUGCUUCAUUAUCAUGAACCCGGAACUGCUUCAUUAUCAUGAACACUCACAGUACUUUGAUUGGCAGCGGGUCAAAUAAUAUUGUUAGUCAACUAUUAUCAGAAUUGCCAAUACCAGCUAAUGGCUUUGUAGAACAAUACGCUUUUUAUGGUUAGCGGUAAA